AUGGUGAAUAAUACCACCAAGUAUACCACUUUCCCUAAAAUAAAGGACAUCACCGUGAAACUAUCGAUCGAUCAUACGAUAAAGCCGGUCAAACAACCACUUAGAAGGAUUCCGAUUGCAGUUGAAGCGCAAGUGGAGGAAAAAUUGAAAGAAGCUCUCCAAAACGAUAUCAUCGAACACGUAACAGGACCAAGCGAAUGGAUAUCUCCCAUAGUCGUGAUUUUCAAACCUGGAGGAGACAUCCGAUUAUGCGUUGACAUGCGAAGAGCAAACCAGGCAAUACUGAGAGAGAACUACCCUUUACCGACGUUCGAGUCAUUCAUGACAAAAUUGAAGAACGCGAAACUCUUUUCAAAACUGGAUCUUGUCAGCGCUUACCACCAGCUAGAGUUACAUGAAGAAAGUCGAGCCAUUACCACAUUCAUUACCCACAAGGGAAUGUUCAGAUAUAAAAGACUCAUGUUCGGCGUAAACUCAGCGCCAGAGAUAUUCCAGCGAACCUUGGAGGGAAUCCUAUCCCCCUGUGAAAACUGCUUGAAUUAUUUAGAUGACAUCAUUGUAUUCGGCAGUACCGAAGAAGAACACGACCGAUGUUUGGCAAAUGUGCUCGACGUACUUCAUAAUCAUAAUAUCCUGCUUAACGACAAUAAAUGCUUGAAGAAAGUCAAAGAGGUGAAGUUCCUGGGGCACAAGCUGUCCGCUGAAGGUAUUGAUGCAGACGAUCGUAAAGUCGAAACGAUUAUAAAUUUCAGACCCCCUACGACAAAAGAAGAAGUGAGAAGCUUUUUAGGCCUGGUAACCUAUUUGGGAAAAUUUAUUCCGGACCUGGGAACCACUACGGAGUUCCUUCGACAACUGAUGAAACAUGAAGCAAAGUUCACGUGGACUGAAGCCCAUCAGACAUCCUUCAACAGACUGAAGAAUGCAUUAGCCAAACUCCCGACCCUAUCUUAUUUCGACCCAAACCUUCGUACACGAUUAGUUGCUGAUGCAAGUCCAGUGGCGUUAGGGGCGGUGCUGUUGCAAUUCGAUGAACAACAAUGCCCUCAUGUGAUCUCGUUCGCUAGCAAGAGCCUCUCUGACACGGAACGUAGAUACUCACAAACGGAAAAAGAGAGUCUGGCUCUUGUUUGGGGCGUAGAAAGAUUUUAUUUCUACCUGUCCGGAUUAGACUUUGAGCUGGUAACAGAUCAUAAGCCCCUCGAAGUAAUUUUCAAACCGACGUCCAAGCCCCCGGCUCGGAUCGAACGUUGGCUGUUGAGACUUCAGUCGUUCAAAUUUAAAAUAAUAUAUCAAUCGGGAAAAUCAAACAUCGCAGAUUCAGUGUCCAGGUUGUGUCAGAUAGCAAAAGAAGGAUCGUUCGACCAAGAUAGUGAUGGACAUAUUUUCACAAUAAUCGAAAAAAGCAUACCAAAAGCUUUGAGCAUUUCGGACAUCGUAACGGCCAGCAAGGAGGACGAUGAAAUUAGAGUGGCUGUUGGAAAAAUCAACCAGGAUUCUUGGGAAACAACAGAAAAGAACAUAUAUUUUCCGUUUCGUUGGGAACUGACAUCGUUAGGACCGAUGAUACUACGAGGGAACAAAAUCGUAAUUCCCCAGACCUUACGACAACGGACUCUCGAACUAGCGCACGAAGGCCAUCCGGGAGAGACCGUGAUGAAGCGAAGGCUGCGGGCCAAAGUAUGGUGGCCAGGAAUUGACAGAGAAACGGAAAAUUUUGUGAAACGAUGUAGGGACUGUCUGACGGUUGCACAGCCCAACAGACCUCCGUUUAUGUCCAGACACAAAUUCCCAGAAGGCCCAUGGCAGUACUUAGCUGUCGACCUCAUGGGACCAUUACCAAACCAAGAGAUGGUGUUCGUAGUAAUAGACUACUACUCCAGAUACCAGGAAAUAAAAUUCCUGAAGCAAACGACCUCUAUUAUAAUAAUCAAGCAUUUAACUGAAAUAUUUUCAAGAUUGGGUUUCCCAAAAUCUAUCCGAGCAGAUAAUGGGCGUCAAUUCGUUAGCCAGGAAUUCAAGACAUUCUGCAAAAAUAACAACAUCACCUUGAUGCAAACUCCCCCAUAUUGGCCGCAGGCGAAUGGAGAAGUGGAAAAUAUGAACAGGUCCAUCCUGAAACGGCUUCAGAUUGGUUAUUCAAAUGGAAUGGAUUUGCAGAACGAGUUACAUAAAUUUACGUUGAUGCAUAACGUCACACCACACGGCACAACAGGAAAGUCACCGUCGGAACUGAUGUUUGGUCGUAACAUCAAAGACAAAAUACCGUCAAUCACCGACAUAGAUGCAGAAAAUGUCAACGAAGAAGCGAGAGACAGUGAUAUUCUUAAAAAGCAAAAAGGGAAAGAGAAGGAAGACAUAGCAAGAAGGGCAAUUGAAGACAACAUACAAACAGGAGACAAGGUACUGGUAAAGAACAUGGUGGUAGCAAAUGAGCUAGUCCCAAGAUUUGACAAGAGAGAGUAUGAAGUGCUGAGACGGGAAGGUAACGAGUUAACCCUAAUUAGGGAUAGUAAAAUAGUUAAGCGCCAUGUUUCUCAUACCAAGAAAGUGUCGCAAGAAGAAUCACUCGAAAGACCGUCGACUAGGGAAGAAGAAUCUACAACAUCGGAAAGAGAUCAAGCGGAGGCCGACCAGGGUUCUCAAAACACAACCAUCGCAGACGCCAAUCCGCCAACCGGGCGCCCAAGUCAUCCCGAUCAAUCCAGGGUUGAGCCGUUGAAGCUAAUAAGGAAGGAGGGGUUGUGGAGACCGGCGAUUAGUCAUAAGCGAUGA